AUGACUUACUAUCCUGAUUACAGAGUGAGCGAUUCUGCUAGAAAUGAAGGAUCAAGUUCUGAGGAACACAGAAUCUGUCUUGUAAGGAGUGGAAUAUACCAGCGAAAUCCGCCCCAUCUGAACAAAUCUGUUAUCAUAGAAUAUUUCUGCUACGGUUUCGAACGAUUAAAGAAGCGGAGCUUCAAGCCUCAGAAAAGAAAAAUGCGUAAAAGCAGACAUAGAGCACAAAAAAAUUAUACAUAUAACGUUUAUAGAAAUAACAGGGUAAUAUUCAGAACAAUGCCUUAUCUCAUGACCGACGAUGAAGACCAAAUAUUGGAAUGGGUUCACAAGUUCAAGCGAGCUGCUCAAGAGGCAAACUGGGACGAAGACACAAGAAAAGAACGCCUACUUGAGUUGACAAGUACUGUUUCUCAAUCAACAAUGAAAAGACAGUCCUGUUCCGACGAUAUGCUAAAAGCACUGGUAAGCAAUAUUUUUCCCUCAUAUAGACGCGGAGAGAUUGUAAAGAAGUUACUAACAACCAAACAGAAAGACUUUUGUUACAUUGAAGAUUAUAUAGACGAAAUUAAGCACUUGGCCUGUAAGUUGUGGAUAUCACGGGGUGGUGGACUUGAACCAGAUGACAAGACAACCAAUGAGUACUUCAAAAUUGGGUUGGAUGUUGAUACAUUAGUAUAUCUCGAAAUGAAUGGCCUUUAUGGAAUCAAAGAAAUAUCAAGAAAUUUGGUAGAUCUUGAAAGAAUUAUCAUCGAAGAAAUUCAAGGUGAUUAUUAA